UGAGCACUGUGCACAUCACAUGGCCCUGCUCACCCCCAGAGCAGCAUCACACCAUGGAUGCACUCCCCUUUGUGGAGGUGCAGAUGUGUGACACGAGGAGCUGCUGAUCUCUCUCCUCAGACAACCCCCACACGAAGCCCCCCGAAGCACAACCCAAGGAGGACGUGAUGCAAUGCAGGUACAGCCCCAAGUGGAAGCCUGUAGAGGCAGGGCAGCUCCACUUCCCCAUCUCAGGGCCGUGCCGCUCUGACGCCACCGAGGCCACUUCCUGGUGGGUCUGUGACACCAGGCAGACGUGCAGCAGGGAGGAGCUGGACAAGGAAGGCACACACUGCAGGGAAGGCUGGGCAGGAGAGCACCCAACACAGCUGGGCACAGCUGGGCACACCACAAUGUCGCUGGUGGAGACCAUCCGGCUGUGGCAAGAGGGAGUGUGUGCAGCGGAUGGCAAGGAGUGGGGGGCAGCCCUGAAGGCCUUCACUGCUGUCCAGAACCCACCGGCCAAAAUCUGCUUCAACAUUGGCUGCAUCCACCUGGUCCUGGGGCAGCUGGCCGACGCACAGGAGGCAUUCACACAGAGCAUCAGCUGUGACAAGCACUUGGCCGUGGCCUAUUUCCAGCGGGGAACUGUCUUCUACAAGAGACACAACCAUGAAAUGGCCAUGAAGGAUUUCAAGCAGGCUCUGGCCCAGCUGAGAGGCAACCAGCUCAUCGACUACAAGAUCCUGGGGCUGCGCUACAGGCUCUUUGCUUGUGAGAUCCUUUACAACAUCGCGCUGGUGUAUGCCACCAUGGAGGACUGGAAGAAAGCUGAGGAGCACCUGACGCUGGCAAUGAGCUCAAAGAGUGAGCCCCAGCACAACAAGAUUGACAGGGCGAUGGAAGCCAUCCUGAAGCAGCAGCUCUAUGAGCCAGUGGCAAUUCCCACAGGGAAGCUGUUUCGACCGAAUGAAAAGCAAGUUGCUCAGCUGGAGAAGAAAGACUACCUGGGAAAAGCCAUGGUGGUGGCAUCCGUGGUGGACAAGGAUAGUUUUUCAGGAUUUGCUCCCCUCCAGCCACAGGCCUCUGGGCCUCCACCCAGGCCCAAGACACCAGAAAUCCUCAGGGCUCUUGAAGGGCAGCCACACCGUGUCCUGUAUGAGUUCAUCCCUGAAACUGCUGAGGAGCUGCAGGUCCUGCCAGGAAACAUCGUCUUUGUCCUGAAGAAAGAGAAGGACAACUGGGCUACGGUGAUGUUCAAUGGGAAGAAAGGGAUCGUCCCCUGCAACUUCCUUGAGCCCAUGGAGCUCCAGCACAAGCUGCACGUCCAGGAGGAGGCCCCUCCCGAGCCCGACAUCCCUGAGCCACCCAGCAGCACCGCUCCAAGGCCCCGGCGGCCAGCACCAGAUUUCAUUCCUGUUACAUCAGCGCAGCAGAGAGAAGCCAAUAAGGAAACCGAACCGGCUGUCCCCAAGCCCUAUAUUGUCAAGGUGCAUUACAAAUACACGGUUGCCAUGCAAGUCAAACCAGACCUGUCCUACAAGGAGCUCCUGGGCCUCAUUUGUGACAAGCUGGAGCUGCAACCUGAGCACACAAUGCUGAGGUACAAGUCUGCAGUCAGCAAAGAGCUGGUGACUCUGAGCAUGCAGAACCUGGAGGCAGCUUGGAGCCACAGCAAGGAUCAGUGCCUGACAGUGUGGUGUGACUGCACAGAGGGAGAGGGAUUUUUACCUGACAGCAAACCAGAGGAGCCACAGAAGGCAACAGCAGAGACAGGACCAAGCCAAGUGGUAGCACAGUACAGUUAUGAGGCCACCCAACCCGAAGACCUGGAGUUUCAGGCAGGAGAUGUGAUACUUGUUUUAUCCAAAGAUGAUCUUAACGUUCUGAUCUGAGGCCUGCCUGCAGCACAAGAGGGUAAUGGUGCUCCUGCACAUCCCUAGGGUGACAAAAAUGGCAUCAAUUUUAUCUUGCAGUGAACGAAGACUGGUUGGAAGGGCAAUGCAAUGGAAAGAUCGGCAUCUUCCCCUCUGCUUUUGUUCGAGAUGGUAACACUAAAGACCCAGAAAUGUGAUUUCAGAAGAGUUUAAGGAGACUGAAAGAAAUUAAGAAUUCAAGUGCUGCAAAUAAGAAGUUCCCAUGUUAAUUACUGCAUCUGAAAACAGACCUAAAAGUGCAAAAGCAGGAAAAUAAAACAUCUUUGCAAUUUAUUUCAUUUUCUUUCAAAUUGGAAAAUAAAAUAAAACUUUAAACCUUC